UGCAGGACUGUAAGUGUCACUUGGAGACACUGAUUUUAUUUCCAUUCUGUGUCUCUACUCAGUAAUGUCAUCCAUGGACCGUUUGUAAGUUUUAUUCAUAUUUGUUUGGGCCUACAGCAUGCUGUUUUCUACAAUGACUGUAUUAAUUUGCAUUUCCUCCAAUAAUGUGCUUUUUCCACAUCAUUGUACUCCUUAUGCUAUCUUGCUGAUAUGGUCACUUUAAAAUUUUUAUUUAGUUUUUUUUUCAUAUUUGUGCGUGUUUUCCCUAGACAACUGACAUGUAGCAUAUACUUGCCUGGUGCCCGUGGAGGCCAGAAGAAGGUGUCAGAUCUCCUGAAAGUGGAGUUAGGGAUGGUUGUGAGUCACCACCGGUGUGCUGGGAAUCGAACCCACGUCCUCUGCAAGAGUAUGAAAUACUCUAAACCAUUGGUCCAGCCCCCUGGUAACUGACACUUUUUCCAUCUCGAGGAGGCCUCUCAAAUGUGUACCUAUGCUUAUUUUUCAUGUACCACUAGUAGGUCACAUUGGUGUUCCAGGGGAGGAAAUGUCUUUUUUGUGUGUUUGCCUAUUUCUUAAGUAGCAUGUGUCCUUGUCACUGAAUUGUCUACAUUCCUUAAAAAGUCAAUAUCACCGUGUUGGAGUUUAGACGUAAACUCCGCGUCAGAUGUGUAAUUUGAAAAUACUUUCUCCCUUUCUCUCCAUUAUCUAGAUUAUAGUUUCCUCUGCUGUGCAAAGCUUUUAGUUUGAUAUUAAUCCCAUUUGUCCGUUUUGCUUUUGUCGCUUGUGUUUUGUAGUAAUGCCCAAAACAUCCAGUGUCAUCGAGACUUUGCUCUGUGUAUUUGUCUAUAGUCCAGUGUCAUGGAGACUUUGCUCUCUGUAUUUUUCUAUAGUCCAGUGUCAUGGAGACUUUCCUCUGUGUAUUUGUCUAUAGUCCAGUGUCAUGGAGACUUUGCUCUCUGCAUUUUUCUAGUAGUUUUAGUUUCAGUUCUUAAAUUCUGAUCUGUUUUGAGUUGACUUUGCAUGUGGUGUCACUAAAGGUCUAGUGUCGUUCUCCUGAAUAGUAAUAUUCAGUUUUGCCAGCACCACUCACUACAGAGGCUGGCCUGGAACUCCUGGAACCGUGAACAAGCCUCAUGCCUCUUGCCUCCCCAGUGCUGGCAAUAUAGACUUAUGCUACCACAUCCAGCAGGACUUCCUGUUCUUUUAUUUGUGGCCUUUGGGGUCUCACACUUCAUGAAGCACAGUCAUAAAGGUCAUGAGGUCACACACUAAACUAUCAGAGAAAUGUAUCAGUGGGGGCUGGGGUGAUGGCUCACUGUGUACGGUGCUCAGGCAUGAAACUAUGUGGGGCCAGAGACAGCUCUAACCCCAGCCCUCCUAUUGCAAGACGGGAGGUGGAGCCAAGAGCACCCUGAAAGGCUAGCUAGCCUGCUAUAUGCAGAGGCAUGAGGGAAAGAAAGAUAAAAUGAAAAUUUGUCUAUGAAUUUUGUGGGGAGAUAAAAAAUGUAUGAUUUCCUUAUAUUACACAUGUGUACUUGAGAGCCGGACAUGGUGGUGUAUGGCUGCAAUCUCAGCAUGGGAGUUGGAGGAAGGAGUAAGAGUUGAGGACAGUCAGGAAUAUACAAUGCUCUGCCCCAAACAAUUAAACAAACAUCCAAAAAGAUAUGGAAAAACCCUGUAGAACUAGAGCACUCAUUCCCCAUUUCGUAAUGCUCUUCCCUAGGCCAACAUUUUAGGGAGUUUGAGGCUGUGUGUGCUGUGCAGGUCUUGUGAGUACAGCUUGAAUGUGGCUGAACACUGUACAGAGCACAAGAUAGUCCUCCCAGCCCAACACACAAUCAUUGUGUCAGCAUAAGACAGUCCUCCAAGCUCAAAACACAAUCAUUAUGUCAGCACAGGAUAGUCCUCCCAGCCCAACACACAAUCAUUGUGUCAGCACAGGAUAGUCCUCCCAGCCCAACACACAAUCAUUGUGUCAGCAUGGUGAGGUUGAGAAACUGAAUUCUAGAAUUUAAAGACUUAUGACAUCUUGAAUUUCUUGUGUGUGUGUGUAAAAUAUCUCAUAAUUAUUGAAAAUGGGGAACAAUUCACAUUCAUGUCCUCUGAUAACAUGUUUUUCAGCUAAUUAUCUUCAUCAGGAUUCCUGGUUAUUGUACAACAUAAGCCAUGACCAUAGAGAGCGAAGGUUCUCAGGAAAGUGCUCCAUGGUGUAGGAUUCCAUUUACUAAAAGUGGGUCCAGACUGCUGAACACUGCCUGAGGAUUGCCCUGCAGACCUCCUGCCCCUCCAGCCUUGCUGUCCUCACUCAGCCCUGAGUUUCCAAAGGACGUACAGUGGUGCUGUCAGCCUGUCAGCCCUGAAGGGAGGAUCCUGAAGAAGAAUGGCCAGCUCUGGGUCUCAGGACGUGGUCUGUGGGUCAGUGACAUUUAGGGAUGUGGCUGUUGUCUUCUCUCAGGAGGAGUGGGCCUGCCUGGAUGCUGCUCAGAGGGUCUUAUACAGGGACAUGAUGUUGGAGACCUACAGAAACCUCCUCACAGUGGUGGGAAGUUCCAUUUCCAAACCCGAUCUGAUCACCUUACUGGAGCAGGAGAGAGAGCCCUGGGUGGCUGUGACAGAAGAAGCAGACAGGCCCAGCCCAGAUUUGGACUCAGAUUCUGAAGCUCAAAAAAUAUCUCCAGACAAUCAUAGUAUAAAUCUACCCAAAGAGAGCAUAAAGCAUAUAAGUAAAACUUUUGACCUCCAGGGCUCCAGUUUUAGUAAUGGCCCCAACUGUAGUACAUUCAAGGAACUACAGAGUUGUCAAAAGGGAAGUUCUGACCAAACGGUUAGUAACAGGGAAAAACUACCUCCUCACCCCAGCCAGACUCUUCCUCACAGCCCAGACAAAGCGUUGGAAUGCCGAGAGUGUGGGGAGUGCUUUGGUUGUAGCUCCAGUCUUGUUCAGCAUCAGGCUAGUCACGCUGGAGAGAAGCCCCGUGACUUCCGUGAGGAAGGUGCUAAGGCCUUGAAACCCCAACAGCUCAUGAGACCUCAGAAGUCCCACAGCGCUGAGAGACAUUUCAGAUGUGAGGAAUGUGGCGAGUCUUUCAAGCACCUCUCCAUGCUUCUUCAACAUACGCGCAUUCAUUCUGCCGUGAAAACCUUUGAAUGUAAAGAGUGUGGGAAAACCUUUAGUCACCACUCAAACCUCAUGCAGCAUCAGAAAAGUCACUCUGGCGAGAAACCUGGUCAGUGUAAGGAAUGUGAGAAGGCCCACGCUGUUCUAGCACAGCUCACCACUCAGACCCAGGACAGUCAUACUGGAAAGAAGUCAUCUCAGUGUAAGCAGUGCGGCAAGACAGUCAGUCCUGGCUCAUACCUUGUAAAACACCAGAGUGUUCACACUGGUGAGAAAUCCUUUGAGUGUAAAGUAUGUGAGAAGGCUUCUAGGCUUCAGUCGUACCUUUCUGAGCAUCAGAAAACUCACACUGAUGAGAAGCCUUUCAAGUGUAAGCUGUGUGGGUCAGCCUUCAGACGUAAGUACCACCUUACUGAGCAUCAGGGUAUCCAUAGUGAUGUGAAACCCUAUCAGUGCAAAGAAUGUGGGAAGUUCUUCCGCCGACGGUCAAAUUUUACUGUGCAUCAGAGUAUUCACACUAACAUGAAACCCUUCAAGUGUAAACUGUGUGGCUCAGCCUUCAGACUUCAGUCCCUGCUUACUCAACAUCAGAGAAUCCAUACUGAUGAGAAACCCUAUCAGUGCAAUGAAUGUGGGAAACACUUUCGUCGACGUUCAAAUUUUACUGAGCAUCAGAGUAUUCACACCGGAAAGAAACCCUUUGAUUGUAAGGAAUGUGGGAAAGUCUUUAGACUUAACACACAUCUCAUUCGCCAUCAGAGAUUUCAUAGUGGUGAGAGAUCUUUUGAGUGUAAGGAGUGUGGAGAGGCCUUUCGGCUUCUCGCCCAUCUUAAGAGCCAUCAAAUAAUUCAUUCAAGUGAAAAACUGUAUGAGUGCAAGGAAUGCGGGAAGUCCUUCAAGCGUGUCUCCACCCUUGUUCAACACAGGAUCACUCAUAUUGGUGUGAAGCCAUUUCAGUGUAAAGAGUGUGGGAAAGCCUUUAAUCGUCGCUCAAACCUCACGCAACAUCAGAAGACUCACUCUGGUGAGAGACCCUUUCAGUGCAAGGAUUGUGGGAAGUCCUUCUCUGUUCUGACACAGCUCACUCGGCACAAGAGCAUUCAUACUGGAAAGAAAUCAUUUAAAUGUGAGCAGUGUGGGUCAGCCUUCAGACUUCAUUACCAACUUACUCAGCAUCAGAAAAUUCAUACCGACGUGAAACCCUAUCAGUGCAAGGUAUGCGGCAAGGGCUUUGUUCGCGGUACAGGCCUUAGAAUUCAUGAGAAAACCCACAGUGAUGAGAAGCCCUUUAAAUGUAAGGAAUGUGGGAAGGCUUUCCGAAUUCAGUCUGAACUUACUCAGCAUCAGAGAACUCAUACCGACAUGAAACCCUAUCAGUGCAAGGUAUGUGGAAAAGGCUUUGUUCGCGGUAGAGGACUCCGAAUUCAUCAGAGAAUCCACACUGGUGAGAAGCCCUUUAAAUGUUCGGAAUGUGGGGAAGCCUUUCGAUAUGACUACCAAUUUCUCGGACAUUUUAGAAUGCAUUCUGGCAAGAAUCCUUACGAAUGUAAAGAAUGUGGGAAGUUCUUUACUCGCAGUGAAUACCUUAAAGCACAUCAGAAAAUCCACACUGAUGAAAAACCUUAGCAAUGUUAAAAAUGUGGAAAGGCCUUUAGUUGGAAUGAAACUUUGUUUGGCAUGCUAAUGUUCAUAUUAGUGAAAAACCUUGUGGAUGUAAAGAAUGUGGAAAGGCCUUUAGCGGUAAGUUUAUGCUAGUUGUUGAUCAGAGAAUUCAUGCUGGUGAGAAACAGUAUGAAUGGAAGAAAUGUGGAGAAAUGUUUAGAUUGAGCUCAGCCUUCACUGCACAGUGACGUACCUGUCAUUGUAAAGGAUGUGGAAAGGCUUCAGUUUGAGCUCAGGCCUUCAACAUAAAAGAUUCCAUGCUGUUGGGAAACCCUAUGAAUUCAAAGAAUGUGGGAUUAUUUAUAGAAUCAGCUCAGCUCUUAAAGCUCAUCAGAGAAUCCUUAUUGGUCUGAAACAUUAUGAAUUAAAGAGUAGGAAAGCCUUUAUUAGAAAUGGUGAGCUUAUACAACAUCAUAACAUCAGAAAAUAUAUAAUCUUCAGGAGUCUUAUGCAUGUAAGGAAGGUGGACAAUCCUUUGUAUGGAAAUGUUACUGAACUCAUAAUUCCAAGACUAUGACUGCAAAGAAUGUGGAAAGAACUUUAAUUUGUCCUGGAAUUGGUCGACGUCAGAGUAUUCAUAUAUUCUUGAUGUCAAGGAUCUCUUUGCCAAUGAGAACGUGGGAAGUCUGUGGUUCGUAGGGGAUAUUCUGUUGAGAAUGUGUAUAAAUGUCAGAAGUAAUAGGGUAGCCAUCAUGUUCUUGAUUUAGUCUCCUCUUGUUAAUUGGAUAAACAUAAUUUCUCCAACACUACUCACCAAGGGCAGUGAGCAUAGGGAAACAGUUACUGGAACUGGGUUUAUCUGAGGCACCUUUUCACCAUUAAUGCUCCGUGACUCCUGUCAUGUUAGACUGAUCAUUUACUGUGGAUUAUGUUUAUUUGUUUUGUUUUUUAGAGGCAGGGUUGCUCUGUGUCGCCCUGGCUGUCCUGGAACUUGCUCUCUAGACCAUGCUGGCCUUGAGUUCAGAGAUCUGCCUGCCUGUACCUCCCCAGUGCUGGGAUUAAAGGCGUGUGCCACCACUACCAUCUGACAUUUACUUUUUGUUUAUGUAUAAUUUGUUAAUUGUGAACACAGUACCAGCCAAAGUUGUGGGGAAAGGGGUUCUAAUAAAUAACAAAAUUCUUGAGAGAAUAUUCGGCUCAUUCCAUUGUUCUGUUAAAUAGCUUUUACAUUGUUCUCCCUUUUAUUGGCAUUGUUGUAACUCAUAUGAAAGACAAAAUUGUAUUGCAGAUAGUUUAGUAAAAACAUCAUGUAUUCGUCCACUAUUAAGUAACAUCAUUCUGGAUAAAAUCUGGUGGAUGAAAAGGAAUGUGAAAGAAUUUUCAUUGAGAAUCCAUUUAAUAUCUGUGUGGAGAUGUUCUAAACACAGCUGUUAAGUAGUUUUUAAAGGUGUUAAACCCAUAACUAUUUUAAAGGAUAAUACCCUGAAAUUUAUGCUCUUUGCCCAGAUGUUAAGAUAAACUAUUCAUUUAUAGCAGGGCAAGAAUUUGUCUUUGAUGGCGAAUAUUGUGGGAAAUUACCCAAAUUAUUCUCAGAACCUGAGGUCAAGAUGCCCCUGCUAAUUAAUUUAUCUUGACUUAAAUUAUCUGCAUGUACAAAUGCCCCCCCUCCAGGUAAGGCCUUGUCAGUCCUCCAGGAAGAUGAUGCUUGUCUUGGCUUCUGUUAAUCUGCCUGCUUGGGAAGAAGCUCCCCAGUUCAGCUGCUGAGCAGGAUAACAGGAUGUGGGUUUUGCUUUAAAUGCCUUGUGUCCAAAAUACCUGAGUGUAGUCCCAGGUAACUGAAAUGGACUUUGAGUUGACUAUGAGCUCCCCAUAAAAAAAUUAACAAAAAUAGCCAAAUUGGAUCCACUUAUAGUAACAACACAGUUUGGUAUGCUUAUCUAGAUAUGAUUUCCUAUAUCCAUCCUGUAGAUAGAUAAAUGAGUAUUUGGGGCUGUGCUGUUAAGAAUACAUUUAGAGUUGGGUGAGAUAGUGCAUGCCUGGAACCCAAUAAUUGGGAAACUGAGGCAGAAGGAUCAAAAGUUGGAGGUAAACAUAUCUACACAGUGACUUCAAGUCCAACUUUUGCUGUUUAGGGACCCUUUAUGAAAUUGUAGGCAUGAUUUCAUCCCUUACAUCAGCAAAGCUGGAAUGUCAUCCCUACUCCAGUCAUAAUUAAACGUAAGGAAGUGAUCCAGAAUUUUGAGUGAGGUAACUCAGAUACAGAAAGACAAGUAUCACAUGUACUCACUCAUAGGUGGUGUUUAAACAUAAAGCAAAGAAAGCCAGCCUACAUACUACAAUCCCAGAGAACUUAGACAACAGUGCGGACACUAAGAAAGACUUACAUAGAUCUAAUCUACAUGGGAAGUAGAAAGUAUAAAAAGACAAGAUCUCCUGAGUAAAUUGGGAGCAUGGGGACCUUGAGGAAGGGCUAAAGGGGGGAGGGGAGAAGCAGGGAAGGGAGCAGAGAAAAAUGUAGAGCUCAAUAAAUAUCAAUAAAAAAUUUAUAAAAAGAGAAAACAAUCAGAAACCACAAAUGCAAGCAUAAACAGAAAAAUAUAAGAGAUGGAAGAGUGAAUCUCAAGCACUGAAGAUACUAUAGAGGAAAUAGAUUCAUUAGUUAACGAAAACAUUAAAUCUAACAAGAGCUUAACCCAAAAUAUCCAGGAAAUAUGGGACACCAUGAAAAGGCCAAAUCUAAGAAUAAUAGGUAAAGAAGAAGGAGAAGUUCAACUCAAAAGCACAGAAAAUAUAUUUAACAAAAUUAUAGAAGGAAACUUUCUGAAACUAAGGAAAGAUAUGCCUAUGAAGAUACAAGAAGCUUAUAGAACACCAAAUAGACUGGAUCCAAAUAAAAAGUCCUCUCGCUACGUAAUAAUCAGAGCACUAAACAUCCAGAGUAAAGAAAGAAUAUUAAGAGCUGCAAAGGAAAAAGGCCAAGUAACAUAUAAGGUAGAGUUCUCAUUGGAGACAAUGAAAGCCCGAAGGUCAAGCGUUAUGAAGACAUUAAGAGACCAUGGAUGCCAGCCAAGACUUCUAUACCCAGCAAAACUUUCAGUCACCAUAGAACAAGAUAACCCAUUAAAAAUCUAGAAUUUACCAAUACCUAGCCACAAACCCAGCCCUACAAAAAAAUACUAGAAGGAAAGCUCCAACCCAAGGAAGUUGGCUAUACCAACAAAAACAGAAAAUUGAUGGUCUCAUAGCAGUAAAUCUCAAAGAAGAGAAAAACACACAAAUUAACUUCACCAACAAUGUAAACUAAAUUAACAAGAGAUAGCAAUCACUAGUCAUUAAUAUCCCUUAAUAUAAAAGGACUCAACUCACCUACAAAAAGGCACAGGUUAACAGAUUGGAUAUGAAAACAGAAUCCAUCCUUCUGCAUACAAGAAACACAUCUCAACCUCAAAGACAGACAUUGUCUCAGAAUAAAUGGUUGGGAAAAAGUAUACAAAUCAAAUGGACCUAAUAAACAAGUGGGUGUAGCUAUCCUAUUAUCUAACAAAAUAGACUUCAACUAAAAUCAGUCAAAAGAGACAAAGAAGGUCAUUUCAUAUUAGUCACAGGAAAAAUCCAUCAAGAGGCAUUGCAGAUCAGAGGCAUUUUUGUUUCAUGAAUCUCUUAGGCAUAGUAAUUAAAACUUAAAAUGUAACUUUGACUAUUAUAGCAGAAGUUCACCAAGACACUGGGUGGUAUGCUGAGCAUAGGAAAUCUCAAAGGCUGCCCCCCACAGUGACACACUUCCUCUAAUAAGGCCACACCCACUCCAACAAAGCCACACUUCUUAAUAAUGCCACUCUCUAUGAGUUCAUGGGAGCCAUUACAUUCAAACUACCACUCUGUUUAUUAUCAAGGGAAGUCAGAACAGGAACUCAAACAGGGCAAGAACCUGGAGGCAAGAGCUGAUGCAGAGGAGGGGUGCUGCUUACUGGCCUGCUGCAUAUGCCUUGCUCAGCCUGCUUUCUUCUAGAACCCAGGGUCACCAUCCCAGGGAUGGCACCACCCAACAUAGGCUGUGUCCUCCUCUUUCAAUAACUAAUUAAGAAACUGCCUUAUAGUCAGAUCUCAUGGAGGCAUUGUCUCAAGAAUCCUUCCUCUCAGAUAACUCAAGUUUUAUGUGUGUCAAGGUAAGACCAGGCAGCACACCAUGGUUUUGUUUUUGUUUUUGUUUUUUUUUUUUAAAGAGAGAGACAUAAUUCAAAUAAUUGGCACCAAUCUCUUUUCUCUUGGUCCUCCUGGACAACUCCUCUGCUUUUGUAGAACUUUAAGCUGAGGCCUCUCAGCAGUAGUGCCCCCUCCCCUGGGAACCAAGGACCUAACAACUACAGAUACACGUUCUAAAAUGUUGGGACUCCCUGAGUCCUUGUGAGUGUUCUCCAAAUAGAGCUCCAUUCCUAAAAUUGGAACAAGAUAACCCACAGAUGUCCACAGAUGUUUUGACUCAGUCCCUGAAAAGGGGGCAAAGUAACCCUCGAAUGUUCCCUCUUACCUCAUCUGAUCUGGCAACCGCUCUAUAAUAAUUUAAACCAAUUAUUUAAAUAAGCCAAUCAUAAUAGUUGAAGAACAACCCCCAGACUCCCCUCUUGUUUCUGUUUUUACUUUAAAAGUAGCCUGUACCAGCCAUUCAGGGUCUUUC